CGUUUUCGGGUAUGAUUUAGUCAGUUUUUGCUUUAUUUAUUUGGUGAACGUGUAUUUUCGAUUCUGGUGUUUUUAUGUAGAGAUUUGUGAUGAAGUCAGUGAAACUACCCAAAACACGCGUGGGUACUCGAGUCGAGCAAUCUCCGAGGAGCAUCUCUUCAGUGGACCAGACCAUCAGCUCUCCAGAUAUACCUUCUGACAAGCAAGUCCUGAAGAGGGGCCGAGCCAACGAACUGAUAGGCAAGUCGCCAAGAGACGGCCAUUCCAUUUCAGAGACGCAUCUUCCUGUGCAACAAAAUGGACCCGAGCUCAAACAGUUGUUUGUAGACAAAAGAUCCACAGGGGACGACAGGCCUUCCAUCAGUGGCAGUUCCGAAGACAUGAACCGACAAUCGGCGAGCCCCGUCAAGGAGGGGCUGAGGAGAUGCGCCAAGAUGGCUGGUCAGCACCAUGACCAAGAGAGAGGCCAUGCCAGCAGAAAGCAGGAAGCCGGCAAAUGUUGUGGCCGCACUUAUGGGCCCAAAAAAUCCCGGUCAUGUUCUCCUCUCGGCCUGGAUAUAGACGACCCGUUGACGAGGCAAAUCCGGGAUAUCCACAACGACACCAGGAAGAGUGCUCGUAUUAUCCGGGACUCUCGGGCGAGGUUGCUGGAGAUACAAAAGAAAACCACCCUUACCGAAGCAGACGUGAAAGAGCUCGGGGAACGCAACGAGCUGCUCCUCAGAGAGAUGGACAGGUUCGACCGCCUCACGAGGAACGUGCAGAAGAUGGUCGGGAGCGAGGUGGCUGCCUUCAAGAAGCCAAGAGAGGAGCGCCGGCAGGAGUACAUACCAGGGAGCAUGUAUGAACCACCUCUCUACCACGAGAUGAAAAUGAACCACCCCACCGUGCUCCUAGCCGGAGGACGCUCCUCCGAGCCUCCUGGAGUCGUGGUCUGCGACCCUCCCGUCCGAAGCAAAUCCGAAAUUGACCUGACGAGGAGGCUGAGUGAAAGCUACGAUAUGCAGGAGAAGUUGGUGGCAGAUAACGCUGACUUGGAGGUCAAGAGGUAUAUUUUGUACAAGGAAUUGAUGACCAAAGACCAGAACUUGGAGACUUGUAGAGCUCAAAUUAAGAGACUCCAGGGUGAACUGAAGAUGAUGAGUAAAGAAAACGCGGUGCUACAUGAAAAGUUGAGCAGAAAUAGCCCUGAGGGCGAUGCGACUGCGAUGAAUCAAGAGACAAUCAGCCAAAAAGAAAGCGAAGUUUGUGCUCAGCUGGAGAAAAACUUGGAAGCUGAAGAACUUAUCGUUAAAUUGGAGAAAUAUAAAACCUCAACCGUCGAACUUGAGAAGCAUCUCGGGGAAUUGGAAGUGGAAGUUCGGCACAUCCGAGUCGAGAUGGACACCGUGAAGGGCGCGGGCGGCGCCUGUCGCGGGGGCGGCGGCGCUAACACUUGCUUCGAACAGCCGGCUGGAGGACCUCCCGUACCGCCUAUGUCCCGAGCUUGCGGCGUUUGCCCCCCCUGUCCUGCACCAUGCAAUCCAAAUGCCCCGCCGACUCCAGCUGAGAGAGAAGUUCAAAGGCUUACAAUACAACUAAGACAAACGGAAGAAAACUUCAAGACUAAAGUCACUGAGUGUGCGAUGCUUCGAGCCGAACUGCUAAAGAAGAAGGAAGAACUAGAGAAAGAAAGAUGUCAACAUCGAGAGGUCCAGAACAAACUUCGCGAGCUCGAGAUGAAGUUCGAAGGGCUGGCGACUCACACCAACAUGUUGAUGGGGACGAAGGAGCAAGCCUUCGAGCAGGAGGUCAACGUGAGAGCCUUGAAGCAGUGCUACAGAGAAGCGAGGGAGGAGAUCGACGAGCUAAGGAUGCUGAUGAAGGAGCAAAACGAUCAGUUGCAGGACUACAGGGUCAAAUACUUACAAGCUCAGCAACUCGUUGAGGAGCAGCGACGCCAAAUGGACAUGAUGGACAUGGACAAUACGAGAAUAAGCGAACAAAUCAAUCUUGAGAUACAACGGGUUAAGAUAAAGUUCCAAGAGAAGCUUCAAGAGUUAGCUCCCAUCCCGGACCUGCUGAAAGCAACACAGAUGAGGUUGAAGGAUGCGCAACAAGCGCAGGCGAUCGCUGAGCACAACGCUGAACAGCUGGCCAGGGAGCUGAACUGUGCCAGGGAAAAGGUGCACGUACUGCUACACAAUAGCUUGAAAGGUCCAGAAAAGCCACCGGAGAAGGGCGCAGAUGAAAAACAGAUGGCGCUGUUGCAACAGAGAAUCGCUCAACUCACUGAAAACAACAUGGCGCUCAAGAGCGAAAUUGAGAGACUGAAGAUCAACGUCAUAAGGAUGGAGGAGUCUGUGCUGGCCAACGAGAAGCGUCUGCAGGAGAAGAUGCAUGAGUGCGCUCAGCUUGGAGGCGAGCUGGACCGCGCUAGGGAUGAGGCCGCGCGUGCCUUGCAGCGGUCCAACGAGCGUACCGACACCAUUCGCAAGUGUAUGCAGACUUCUAUUGCCGAGUUGGAGAGGCAGCUGGCCGCGUCCAGGGCUCAAGUGAGGACUGCUGAGAAGGAUCGUGAAGAACUGCAAUGCCGCAUGCAGUGCCAGAUUCAGCGUCUGAACGAGAACUUCGAGCAGGCUCAGCUGCGUAUCCUGGGGCUGCAGACCCAGGUCCAGACUCUUCGCAGGACCGCGUCCAGCAACGGCGACGGUGAAGGUGAUGGAGACCAACAGGAAUGCGCGUGCAAGACCUUCUUCGAAAACCCCUAAACGACCUCGACCAGAGAACGCCACGAAGAACCACGAUAUAACUAUGUAACCGUUUUAUCCUUUGUUGCGACUUAUUUUUACUGACGGUCAACUAAAGCGGUGGUAUAUCUGUUGUGAGGGCUACUUCCAAUGGCUUGGCCGCUUUGCGAGUAGUAUGUAUGAAUGGUGAUUUCAUUACUUUUUUUGUUACUACCGAUCGAGGAUAUCGAAAUUAACUACGAUUUAAAUAUCGGAAACGGCCCUCGAUAGUUGCAAUCGGUAGUCAAGCGUGUGUGGAUAUUGUACGAUAAAUUUCUCCAAUAAUUUUGUUAACCUAGCCUGAGAAUAAGCAUUAACCACAGUGAUUGACUAGAUAACGAUUGUAUAAACAGCUGUAACAUUAUUCAUCGCCUUUUGCAGUAUUAGAUCUUGAACUGGAUUCGUAUUCACGGUAUCCACUAGACAGUUAAUAAUAAUCGAUACUUUAUUAAAGUUUUGCUCGUUAAACAGUCUAUCAGGCACCAAAGCAUCGAUACUAUUUGAGUUUAACGAUAGUUCUGCAUCUUCAUAAUGAUUGCGAGUACCGUAAUAUCUUGGGCGGAGCGCGAUUUUAGUUUAUGAAUUUUUCACAGUUUUAAAAGUGUAAACGAAGACUUGUGAUUGCUUUUUGUUAACCAAUAGGUGUUCAUUAUUUCCACAUCCGCACUCAAUGAAAACCUGGUGGUGAAUUAUCAGAACUCUUCGCUUUCUGGGAUUUUUCUUAAAGCAAUUGGCACUAUUGAAAAGGCUAUGAGAGUGGUUGA